AUGCGGGCAGCAGUUUUCAAAAAGCCCUAUCUUGUUGAGACCGUUGACAAGCCAAUUCCCCACAUUGCUUCACCUACCGAUGCAGUGGUGAAAGUUAAAUACUCCGGUCUCUGUGGGUCUGAUCUCCACUACUACAGAGGCCAUAUUUCUCUGAAAGAGGGCACCACCAUGGGCCAUGAAUUUGUGGCCACUGUGGUCGAGAAGGGCGACGCAAUUGACGAUUCUGACUUUGCUGUGGGUGACGAGGUGAUUUCCUGCUUCACCAUCCAGUGUGGGGAGUGCUGGUAUUGUCAAAAUGGGUACUCUGGAACUUGUGAUAAGACAAAUACAUUCGGAAAGAUUGGUUUGGAAGGUGGCCAGGCAGAAUAUGUGCUAGUGCCUUUUGCUAAGUCUACAUUGCACAAGAAACCCAAGAGUGGGCCAAAUGAAGAUGACUCAGUCUACGUGCUUAUGGCUGAUAUAUUUAUCACUGGGUACUUUGGUAUCAAGAAGAUCACAGAUCACCUAACGCGGUUUAAGAACAAGGACAUCACUGUUUUACAGAUUGGUGCUGGCCCCGUUGGUUUAUGUGCCGUAAGAAUAUUGAAGUACAUUGGAUUCAAGUAUGUUGUCGUGGUUGACAGCAUUCCUGAAAGAUUGGAACAAGCCAAGCAACUAGGUGCGCAUGAUACAGUUAACUUCAAGACCGAAACAGGCAAAUUGGAAGAACUCAUUAAAACGAACACUGGUGGUUUGGGUUUUGAUGCGGUCUUAGAGAUUGUUGGUGCGCAGCUGUCAAUGAGAACAGCCUUUGACAGCGUCAGAAGAGGUGGGUUUAUCAGUUCAGUGGGCAUGGGCCAUGAUCCAUUACCAUUUGAUGGACUCGAGGCAUAUGCCAAGUGUGUCACCGUGAGUUUCGGCAGAUGCAAUGGAUGGUCUUUGUUCGGAGAUGCGUUGGAAAUAUUUGAACAGGUGAAAGGAGACUUCGGGAACUUUAUCGAUGCCAAGCCGUCGAUAAACGAAGCUAAGGAGUAUUACGAGAAAUUUGAAAAGGGGGAUGUGGGUAAGGUAGUUUUUACUUUUUAG